AUGGGGAAAGCAUUUCAGGUUAUUGACGAGAACAAAACGUUCAGUAGCGAUCUCGCGAAUUACUUCAAGGAUGGGAAUCUUGCUGAGAGUGGUCUGAACUACCACCUGGUCUCGGUCUUCGGGUCGCAGAGCACCGGCAAGUCGACGCUUCUCAACGCACUGUUCGACACGGAGUUCGGAGUUAUGGACGAAAAAGCGCGAGGACAAACAACAAAAGGAAUCUGGAUGGGUGCCGCAUCCCAAAAGUCUUCUAAUUCCAAGGCCGAUAUCAUUAUAUUAGACGUUGAAGGCACAGAUGGGCGGGAACGCGGUGAGGACCAAGACUUUGAGCGUAAAGCAGCUCUCUUCGCUCUCGCUACUAGUGAAGUGCUCAUUGUGAAUAUGUGGGAAUCCCAAGUCGGCCUCUACCAGGGCGCAAACAUGGGUCUGCUCAAAACUGUGUUCGAAGUCAACUUGUCCUUGUUCCAGGCCGCCAACAAGAAAUCUCCGAAAUCUCGCAUCUUGUUUGUUAUUCGUGACUUUUUGGGCAACACUCCUCUGGAGAACCUCGCAGAGACUUUGCUGGCGGAUCUAAGCAAGCAUUGGCAUAGCCUGGCCAAACCCAGCCCGGAGCUGGAAAACUCGAAAAUUUCUGACUUUUUUGACAUUGACUUCUCGACUCUGCCCCACAAAGUUCUCCUUCCAGAAAAAUUCUCUGAAGCAGUCGAUCACUUGAGAGAACGGUUCCUGGACGAGACCCACAAAGAGUUCGUCUUCCAUGAGGAUUAUCACAGAAACGUUCCAUUGGAUGGCUGGCCAAUGUACGCCGGCCAAAUCUGGGAACAAAUUGAGCUCAAUAAGGACCUGGAUCUGCCCACCCAGCAGAUUUUAGUCGCCCGUUUCCGCUGUGUCGAUAUUGCAAACCAAGCAUGGGCACAGUUCAACAGCGACCUUGAGCAGUUGGACGCUCCUUUCGGCACAGACACUUUGAUCGAGAACUUUGGGCCUCCUCUUGGUUCUAUUCGCACUAAAGCAUUACACACUUAUGACGAACUAGCGAGUCGCUACACUAAAACUAUCUACGCUGAGAAUCGAUUUGAGCUUCUGGGCAAGAUUGACGGACUCCUCACCAGCUAUUAUCGCUCCCAGCUGGCCGCAAUCCAAACGUCUGUUUUAGCUAUUUUCUGGGCCUCUCUUUCGAAGCGCGAUCCAUCGGUGCCGUUUCACAAAUCAUUGCUUGCGGUUGAGAUGUUUGCCAAAGAAAGCUAUCACGCGGCUGCCCUCGAAGCUACAAUUGACAAGGACUUUUAUUCCUUCUCAGUUGAAGAAGCAACUUUUUUUGACGUUCUGAGCAGCGAGGUUUCAAAAGCCCGAAAACAAGAGAUGGCUACUAUUGCAACAAAACUAGGCAAGCAAGUAAAACGUCAGCUUGGGGCAAAGCUUCCUGCCAUUCUUACUUCUGCCGAUGAAAAUACCUGGGAUAAGGUUCAGAAACUAAUGGAAACCGAAAUCUCAGCUAUUCUUGUCCCCUAUGAUGGUGGAAGCGAUUUCCACCUCGGUGGUGAUGCUAAAGACAAUGCUCAAGGUAAAGGGACCGUUGAAAAAGCCGCAUGGGCAGCCCUAGAUGCUCAACUGAAAGAUUACACUCGUGAAGAAUGGCUUAUGGCUCGAUUAAGGGAUCGAUUUGAGGACAAGUUCAGGUAUGACGCAGAGGGUAUUCCUGUAGUUUGGACGCAAGGGGACGAUGUCCAGGCAGCGUAUAUUCGCUCACGCGAUCAUGCCUUGCUGCUUCUUCCCGUCCUCUCGAGCGCCAAAUUACAAGACGGUACUGUUCUGCGUAAGCCAGAGCAUCUCAGUUCUGAAAAUGACGAUGAGAUAGACUAUGAAGAGCUUGUGGACCCAGCGACGGCCGAGUCAUUGAGAGCGCAGUUCAAGCGGUUCGCUGACACUGCAUUUGUUGAUGCUAAACGUGCAGUAGCCCAGUCUGCGUCCCAUGUGCCUUACUACAUGUGGCUGGUCGUUUUGGUUCUUGGCUGGAACGAGUUCAUGAUGGUGCUCAGAAACCCGCUGCUGGUUGUUCUACUGCUCAUGCUUGGUACGGGUGCUUAUUUUGUGGUUUCAAUGAAUCUUGGAGGUCCAGUAUUAUCUGUGGCUGAUGCAAUGAUUCAAAGAGUCACCGAAGAAGCCAAGAAACGUGCUCGCGAAUACUUGAUUGAACAAGACAACCGGGAGGUACCUAUUGAGCUCCAAGAUUUAUCCAAAAAGGAGAACCCCAGGCAGGAAGAAACCACUCCGGCCAGCGAAUAG